CGUGUCACCAUCCACAUUACCUCAGCAGUGGCUGGCUGAUAGCCGAAGAUGGAACGCAUUGAGACCGAAUUCGAGAGGAAGAAAACUGACAUAUUCUCAGACACAACCCAUAGAAUGCCAGAGCGCCCAUUCUCUGUUCAGUCAGGCAAGGGUCGAGGCCAUGAAGACUUGGGGUCCUCGUUUGCUCCAUCCCAACCAGUGCGAAGCAAGGCGGCCGGCAGCAAAGUCAAGCCUGCCGCGUCGCGUCCUAUCACGAACAGUAUGGAACAUGCUCUUAGUGACAGUGAUGACGAGCUGUUAUUAUCUGAAGGUGCUCAACCAUUGGACUUAGACUUGUCACCUAAACAUAAACUUGAACGCGUUGUUCGCCGCGGCAAGACAACAGUGUCGGUGCCUCAGAAAUCCGGUCUUGCUCCAAACGAUCAUCCGUAUCACCCGGAUUACCCUCCUCGAAAAAAUAAAUUCCCCAGUUUCACGAAGAUCAAGAAGGAGUCGCAGGUAGAAGAGGGUAUUCCGGAUUUGCCUCCAUCAUCAUCUUUUCCCGAUGCAGACGACUCUCAAGAACUAUUCAGACCAAUAUCCGACGACAAAGCCUCUCAGACAAAGCCUGCAACCAAGCCGAAGAAAGAGAUGGGCACGACCUUUGCGCGUCCGGGUCCAGGAAGGAACUCUGUAUCCAGGAAGACGGCCAAUUCAUCACUGACUAGAGAAGGCGGACUUCCCAAGCGCGUUACUAAGGCCCGAGCUGUGAAGGCUGAGGGCUCAGUUGUUCGUGGUCGGAGUCCCGAAGCAACUCCGCGUGCUAGCGGGCAGCCUCGACCAUUCCCUUUGGGUGGUCAUUCCUCUGUAUAUGGUGGGGGCUCACGCGCUUCUGAUGCUUCUCCUCCUUGGAAGAGUUCUCGAGAGCCCUCAGCAGCGAAAAAGGAAAAUGCAAAUAUACCUACAUGCAAGCCGAAGGAGAAGACAAGCGUACUACCACGUGAACCUAAUGCUCCUUUCCCCGCGGGCCCUCAGCCGCAGGAGAAGACAAAUGCACUGUCACGUCAACACGGCGCUCCUUUCCCUAUGAGCCCUCUGGGAAAGUCAAAUCUUCCGAAGCAGCAACUCCUCGGACCUACGGGAUUCAGCCCCUUUCCACUAUCUUCGCACAAUUCGAAGCCAGGCCUCGCUCACUCAGAGACACUUGGAAACUUCCCUGUGCCUUCCCCAUUGGCUUCCCCAGUGCAACAACCCUCGCGGGAUAAGGGGAAGAGACGUGCACUAACUUCUGAUCAGGACGAAGACGACGGUGAAAUUGCUAUAAACCACCGCGAUACUGUACGGACCAAUGUGGCCCUUAGACCCUUCCCCGUGAGCUCAACCAAAAUCAAAACUUGCACAUCGGCCAUGAAGUCCAAGCGAGCUUCGGAUGAUAGCGAUGGAGAGCACGGGCGAAGAGCCAAGAGACACAAAGAAGAAAAAUUAAGGCUGACUCAGGGUGCAGAUGAAUACCUGGAUGAGGACUCGUUUGAAACAGACAGAAUGCUUGAUCCUUCUACACUUUGCCCGUACUGUGAUGAACCACUGCCGCGUAAUCCAACUCCACAACUGAUGAAUCUUUUGUCGGCUGCGAAGCGGAAGUCAUACCCAGACCCGCGUCCUCGAAAUUCUCGCGGGCUUAAGGCUCCUCUAGGAAUUUACAUCGCAGCUUGUCAGCGACAUCACUUCGAAACGCACUCCUUGCCUGAAGCUAUGGAGAAGGGAUGGCCACAAAGUAUCGACUUCAAGAAGGUACCGAAGAGGAUUGAGAGGAUGAGGGGCGCGCUUGAAGCUAUAAUCAGCGAUUGCCGCAUCCACAAUGACAAUGAGGAUUCUGUGGACGAUGAUGUCAAGGGUCCUCGAGCACGAAGUGACUUCUGGAGAGAAAUCAAGAAGCAAAUUAAGAAACAAGGCAGUCGAACGGUUACUGGUGUGAAGGGCCAGUUUACCAAUUUUGAAAAGACUCAGCCUGGAUACUAUGGUGAACUCGGCUUGUUGAUCAUACAUCAAACGCUCUACAAUCUCUUCCCCUUGUCAUCAUUUGAACCUUCCUCGAUAGCCCCUCUCACACCUGCGGAGUUCAUUCAGCUCGUACUGAUCCCCGAAACUGCAGUAGGGCUCAUCAUGCAAGACCUUUGUCUCGACAGGGACGACGCAAUUGUGACCCUCCGUGAAAGCUCGCAGUAUGGUGUUGCCAUGUUCCCCGAUACUGGUUUUGGUAAGGGCGCGGCAACCGGUGAUGAUGAUGACGAUGAGGGUGUUGCGGAUCGCAUUGUUAUGGAACGUGCCAAAGCCAGAAGGUUGGAGCUUGAAGAAGAAGAGAAGCUUGAGGAGCAGAUGUGGAAAGAGGAGCAGGAGAAGCGUAAGUGCGCAGCCCAGAUGGAGAGGAAAGAGAAAGCUCGCCAGCGGGCAGAGCAACUGAAGAAAUCGAAGGAGCUUGCGCGGCAUUCCUCUCAUGAAGUUAGCGAAGCGAGCGAGUCGGCAACCCGACGCAGGCCGUUGACGAACACUGUGAAACCUGGGUCAGGAACAACUACGGACUCCGGGACCGACGACAUGUCUGUGUAUAGUUCGACGAGCCGGCGAUCUAUGCGCUCUAGGACAGGCGCUAGGAUGAUAUACCGCACCACUUCUGCCAAGUCUGAUUCUUCCAACAUGCAGAUUUCAGAUGACAACACCAUAGAGAUCAUGGACGAAAACGAACAGCCCCGAGUCAGACGGCCAACCACGCAUGCAGUUCUUAGUGCCAAUGACAUUGGCCAACACUCUGAUGCUGCAUCGUCGUCGAAAACAAAAACUCGCACCAGGCGGUCGAAGAAUCCCAAAGGCAACGAUCAUGACGCAGAUGUGGAUGUCGGCAAUACGCCUUUGAAUCCUGUUCCCGAGAUUGACGAAGAAUCUACUCCGCGACCACAUAGGUCGAAAUUUCCAACUGUACUACGCCCGCACCCUACUUUAUUUGGAGGUACAACUGCAAUUAAACUUCCUCUCCAAGUUGCUAGAUCAAGAACAACAACAAGUGCCACGUCGGACGAGUGGCGUAACAAUCUCAUGCCUGGUGCUUCUGAAGCUGAGGAAUCGGAUGACUUGCAAGUAAUCCAAUCGUCCCUGGACAGUCCUGAUUGGCUACUCCGUUCAACGUCGUCGUCGUCAUCAUCAUCGCCGUAACGGCAGUAAUAUUGCACCGUCACUGACUAUCUCUUGCAAGGCUACAUAGUAUUAAUUUUCAUUGACAAGUUCGAUGCCUUUUUGAUGUGCAUUGCAAUCACCGAUUGGACCAGUUUCACGUAAUUACUUACUGCCAUACAUUCACGAUUACCAGUAUGUACAAAGUCUUACCUAGAGAUCCAUCCAUAGUAACAAUACUAAAAUACUUAGAUUUAUAUAAU